AGCGGUACUACCGAGGUGUGCCGCUAGGUGUCGCCCACAGCCCUGGCUUGCGGUAAGGAAGACAGUGACAGACGGAAGAGGAAAGGCGAGAUCGCACAUCGAGGCUUGGUGCGCAUAGCUGGGCUGAGGUCAGCCCUGGAGUGAAGGGUGAGCGGCGUUUGGUGCUUUACUGACAAUUAGGUUUUCAUGCAGGCUAUGCAAUGACUGGAGUCAGAUUAUCCCUAAGGGUCUUUAGUAACCUGCAUUUGUAUUCACGGAUCUGUCAAAAACCUGUUUUGUUUACAUACAGUACUUCCCAAUGCAGUACGUGUUGGACACAUCAAAGACACCUGUCACAGUAUUUAACAAACUACAGCCACACAACCAAUGGUUUGUUCCAUGCGGUUUCUGGUAAUUUACUGGCUACACCCCCAGGAACUAUCUGUUUAUAUAAUAGUGUCAGGCACAAAAGUAAGAAAAGUAAAAAAAAGAAUACACCAGAUGUAACUGAUGAGGAUGAAGAAGAUGAUGAUGAAAAAGAGAUUGAUCCAGAAGAUAGCGACUAUGAAGAUGAACCAGUGGAAGAUCCCACCAUCCCCAAGGACUAUAAAGAUUUAGAAAAGGCUGUGCAAUCCUUUCGCUUUGAUGUCAUCUUUACUGCUGGAUUAGACAUAUCACGGCACAAAGUGGAAGACGCAUUUUACAGUGGCAAGCUUCGUCUGAAUGGAGAAAAGCUGUGGAAGAAAAGUAGAGCGGUUAAAGUUGGAGACAUUUUGGAUCUAAUUGUAGAAGAAAACCGUGAAGCUGAAACUAUGACAGUUAUGAGAACUAUGCUAAAGGAAGUACAAAAAGAAAAAACAUUAACAGACAGAUACAAAGUUGUGCUGAGGCGAUGGAAAAAACUGACCAUUCCAAAGUCUCCCGAACCUCCAAAGGCUACAGAACCACCAACGUCUCCAUUGUGAUCAUUGUGUACCGAGAUCUGACAAUUUCAUAAAAAAAAAAUAAUAAAAAACAUUUUUACUGUGUGCACCUGCAUGAUAAAUUAUCACGACUACUAAAAAGUGGUUCAGAUUUUGCGGCUAGAGUUUUUAUUUUGGAUCUUAUAGUUAAGUAGACACUGCUUUUAAUUUUACAUAUGAUAAAUGCUAAAGUCCUUUAAA